CAUGCAAAUCUACGAGAUAAACACGCUCCACCCUACAUAAUCUCCGCCACCUCCUCCCCACCACUCAACUCACCAAUAUGGCUUCCCCCGACCUCAAACACCGCCCCAUCCAACAGCAAACCGCCCCCGACGAAGACGACAUGAACCACCACCACCGCAAAAAGCCCAAGAACGCGGCCGCCCACCGCGGGCUGCGGUCGCUGAGCGUGGCCGUGGCCCUGCCCCUCUCCCUCAGCGUCCUCGACAUCUUCCUCUUCGGCUCCUCCAGCCGCUACCGCAGCCUCGACAAGCCCUUCUACGUGCCCCCGCUCUGGGCCCUGCACCUCGCCUGCGUCAGCACCGCCUUCCUCUCGGGGCUGUCGGCGUGGCUGGUCUGGGCCGAGGGCGGCUUCCACCGCCACCCCGCCGCGCUCGGCCUCUACCUGGGCCAGCUGGCGCUCAGCCUCGUCUGGUACCCCGUGGUGUUCGGGGCGGGCGCCAUCCGGGUCGGGCUGCUGCUGUGCGCGGCCCUCUUCGGGGUGCUGCUCGGCUGCGCCCGGGCCUUCCGGAAUAUGAAUCCCAUCGCCGGGGAUUUGGUGAAGCCGUGCUUGGCCUGGGCGCUGCUGCUCGCCGCCGCCAAUGUUAGGCUUGUGUAUCAAUGAAUUUUCAUGCUGUGUGUCCACUGUCUUUAGGUUUUGUUAUGUAUACUUGAGAUGAGUUCUGUCUCCCCAGAGGAAAUACAGGGUUUAUACAUUUAUCCACACUGUAAAAUUCUCGUGUUAAUUUGUACUUCUCUGCUUUAUCAAACUUUCAUUUAAAUACC